AAAUUUUAAAAGAAAAUUUAAAUCGUACGAAUUCUCUAAUAAGUUGCUCCCAACUUUUCUCUUAAGUAACGACUAUUCUUAAGUAGAUCAGGAUCAAUUCCAAUUUGUAUCUAUUACAAUGGCAGACAAAGCAGAAGCUGUGGCCAGGCCUAUGAAGUUUCCCUACACCUUCUCAGCCAAGCUCGUCCAAUUCCCAUGGAAACACUACUUCACCAACCAGUGGAUCUGGAAGUACUAUGCCAUUGCUGUUGUAGUCAGCAUUCCAAUCUUCAAGAAGAUCAGCAACUUGGCUAACUCUCCUGAGAAUGUUGCCCAGUGGGCUGAGAAGCGUAGGAAGGAGGCAGCUGAACACCACUGAGAAAUUCAACCUUAAUGGGAAACUAAAACUAGAGAUGUUUAAAAUAUAAUAAUGAUAUAAUAAA